GCGUGAACCAGCGAGAGACUUCGAGAAGUCGCGUGAGAGCCGCUCAGACUUCGCUCCGCUUCACGCGCUGCUACCGAGAUCCACCCGUUCCCGUUGUCCUGGUCGGUCAUGGCAAAGUGGGGUGAAGGAGACCCUCGAUGGAUCGUGGAAGAAAGAGCAGACGCUACAAAUGUCAACAACUGGCACUGGACGGAGAGGGAUGCCACAAACUGGUCUUCAGAGAAGUUGAAAGAGCUGCUGGUGGGAUUGAGUGUAGAAAGCGAUGAAGGCAAGUGUGAGAUCACAGAGGUCACAAAGGUGGAAGGUGAGGCUUCCAUUAACAAUCGCAAAGGGAAGCUCAUCUUCUUUUACGAAUGGAACUUGAAGGCCAAAUGGAAAGGAACAUCAAAAUCAGGAAUCAAAUACAAAGGAAAUAUUGAGGUUCCAAACCUUUCAGAUGAAAAUGAAAUGGAAGAUCUUGAUAUCAGUGUGAGCCUUUGUAAAGGUGAGCCUGAUACACCACUGUUUGAUUUGAUGAAGAAAGAGGGAUCAGAAAAGGUUCGUGUGGCACUGAACAGCUAUCUAGGGCUUCUCAAAACAGAGUUCACACAGGGUAUGAUCUUACCUACAGCCAAUGGGGUGAGCAAAGAGCAAACAUCUCAGAAUAAAGUCAAAAUGGACAGAACUCAGAUUGGUUCUAGCAGCACAGCUGCUCCCCCUACAACAGGGGUGAAGAUCCCCACCUGCAAGUUCUCGCUAAGGGACACAUUCCUUACCUCACCAGAGGAGCUCUACAGAGUCUUUCUCAACCAGGAGAUGGUACAAGCAUUUACACACACUGCUGCUGUAGUUGAGCCUGAAAAGGGAGGCAAGUUCCGCCUGUUGGAAGGGAAUGUAUUCGGAGAGUUCCAGGAGCUGGUUCCUGAGGAGAAGAUAGUAAUGAAAUGGAGGUACAACACAUGGCCAAGUGAGCACUAUGCAACAGUGACCCUGACUUUCACAGACAAAGGCAAUGAGACAGAGCUGAAGAUAGAAUGCCGGGCUGUGCCUGAGAGUGAGGAGGACCGCACGCGAGAGGGCUGGCAGAGGUACUACUGCCAGGCCAUCAAACAGACGUUUGGCUAUGGUGCACGACUCUGUUGAGCCCCGAAUACACCCAUUGUUAUUUUUGGCCAUUUUUUUCCCUUUCUUCUUUUUUGUCCACAUGUACAAAUGAGAGCAUUGGAAUGUGACUCUACUGAAUAAGAGACAUUGCUCCAGCUUCUUGUUCCUUUCUGAUUUUGGUUUUUGACAUUUAAAAAGUAAAUCCAAACAUCAGAAAAGAAAAUGAAAGGAGAAUAUGAAUUACAGACAGGGACCUAUAGGAGGGGUGAGUCAUUCGUUCAUGUAUUAUCUGCAUAUGUGUGUAAUUAAAGGUUUUAUUGUAGCAUGGCAAUUUCUCCAUUUGGCACUCUUACCUGGCCUGGAGAGGGACAGGGUCGAAUGGUGCCUUUUUUUGGACCGUGAGUUUUUUGAUAGUUUUUUUUCCUGAAAGUGAUCUAUGACAAAGACCUAUGGAUGUCAUGGAGGAAUGAGAAAAGAAGAAUAAACAAAGAAACUGUUAAACCACUACAAUAAUCAGUUUCUUUUUGAUUUGUAUGAGACAAGUAAACAUUUUAGGAGAGGCUAACUUUAUUUCUGUAUAUGUUUGUGAAAAUCAUGAUAUCAUAUGGUAUUUUCAUAAUAAUUAUUAUUUACUGCUAAUUUUAUUCUUUGAAAGGAAAACAAGCUUGAAACAGCCCAAACAGUCCUUUGUGUUGUACAGAAUAUAUUGAAAUUUGUGUCAAAAGGCACAACUGGGCAUUCCUUCACAUAACUGUUUUUUGUAUUCAUCAGAGUUUGGAGUACUGUAUUCAUUUCCCCUGUAGGUUUUGUAUGUUUUAUUUAUUUUUCUCCCUGCGUAUGGAUGGCUCUCAUGAGGUCACUCAUAUCAUUCAAGACAUGACUUGCUCAUCAAUACAGAGAAAAUAUGUACACAAAGUCACAAUCAUCGUAAAAAUAGCAAAUUCUUGUUAUAAAAGAACACAUGCUCUAGGUUUACAGAAAUCUGAUUUUAUUUAUUUUACCUCAGCAUCACAGUUUCUAAACAAGUGACUGUUUCUUUCACUUUCUUAAAAUAAAAUUGCCCUUGCAUCA